UUAAGUUACAAUUACAUCUCAGAAAUCAGCCGCCGCUCAUUCACUGGGCUCAAAAAUCUGCGCAUGUUGUAUGUAUAUCCUGUUCUUUUCACAAAGGCUCGCCAUAGCCAAUUACAGCACUCACACACGUCGACAAAGAAUCAUCACUGGAAGAACUUGAAAUUCAAGGCCCUCAUUUUUACCUAACCUCUUGUACUUCGGCAUUUUAAACCUGUUUUCCUCGAUGAUAAAGAAGAUUUACAUAAUAAGCUAAUUAAUGGAGUUUGUUUGAGCUGUUUAAUCAAGUCACGCAUCAUGACUUAUACAAUUAAGAUCAAUCUGCUGUCCAUAGUUUUCCUUGCAAACGGGCGCCAAUUCAAACUGUCAAUUGAAGCCAAGGAAAUGCUGAGUGAUUACCUGUGAGGGAUCGGCGUCGCAUGCAAGAGAUUACCAGCAAUUCAUUCUGCUUUAUAAUGUAUAUAGUCUCUAUAUGUAUAUAAUGUAUAUACUAUUAAUAAUCAUCGUGCCACAAUCUUUUACUUCUUUUAACAUUAGGUCGCUCGUAAACAACAGUCUGGCUUUCAUUCCUGAAAACACUUUUGCUGACACUCCGUUACAAAUUUUGUAAGUACUUUGGAGUUCUCCUUUUUAAUUUUCACACAAAACGGUAUUUUUUAAGAAAAAAGGGAUAAUACGGGGAAACACUCGAACGUUGAGCGUAUGAAAAAUGAUUAACUCAUAAACUUUAUAGCUUCUUUCUUAAUUGAAAAUCAGAGGCUCCCCAUAAUUAAGAAAAUUGUAUAACCUGAGUCGGUAUGGCUUGAGUAGAACUUAACCCGUUGUGCUCCUUCUCGAACAAUCUUACUGUCACUUUAAACAGGUUCCUUCACGGAAACAGAAUCAAAGAUGUUGGUAGCAACGGUUUUCGAGGCCUCAGUGACCUUAAAUCGAUGUAAGUUAUAAGCAAAAAUCUCUUUUAAUUCAAGAAUAUGCAUAAUCGACAUCUAAAAGGAUGUUUUUCUUCAUAGCUUUUGGUUGGUUUGAGAUCAAGACAAGAUCACAUAUUAAAUCUCUCACAAAACAAAGAAGUUCGUGUUUCUCAAUCAUUAAAUGAAGUGAUAGACCGCACUUUCUACAGGUUUUACCGGAAUAAUGAUCCACACAGGAUGUUGGAAGAACACUUGAAAAGUUUGUGGAUUACUCGCCUCCGACACGGUAAACUGAUAGAGAGGGCAGUCUUUCGCUUUUACAAAAUAACUUUUCAAUGUUUCAAUUUUCUAUCGGUUUACCGGUGCAAUAAAGACCAACAAAAGAUAGGGUUUGACCAAUAACUUAUGAGCCUUGUAGUGUCUCAGAUCUUUUAUUAAAAAAAUACUAUUCAUUCAAUAACCAAAGUGCUCUGUAUUUACUAUGAACACGAUAUUAACAAAUGAUUAAAAAUACUUUUAAUAUUGAUUUUUAAGUCAGAUGUGCCUUUUUUUAUUCGUUUAUAGGACACUAUUUGACAAUCCCCUAAAAUUUCUUCCAAGACAGAUGUUCAUGGGAAUUAAUACAAAUGCUACAUUGUAAGUAUCAUUCAAUCAAAAGAGUAGCAGAAUCGAACAUUUUAAAAACUAAGCGGCGUAGCUUAAUGUUUUUAAAAUGUGCAGGACGUACGAUUAUAUGGAUUGUUUUGUUUUUGUUGUUUUUGGCCACAACGAUUUGAGCACAUUAUCAACAAUUUGAAGAUAAUUGUUUGCAUUCACGGAUGCUUAUUGUACAAGUGUUACCUCAUCACUUAAAUUGGAUCAUGUUUUAUGUGUAUCAUUCCAGUUUUAAAGCACAUGUCUGGAGACUGAACUCGAGCCAUGUAAUCCACCUGGCCGAAGCUUAACCCGGUUUCCUUAGCAUGUAGCAACUAGAAGUAUUGGCACUCCCCCCUGGAUGGGACCAGAUGCUAGUCUUUCGCAAUGACAUCCCCGGCAUUUCAUCAGGCUUCCCUGACUAUUGGCUGUCACUCAUUUACACUCCUGGGUGGAGAGAGGCAUGGGGAGAGUAAAAUGUUUUGCCCAAUAACUUAACACGAUAACCCGGCCACUGAGUCUGCCAAGGACUGAAAAACUUGCUUUCCUUUGUAACUCUGGUUCUCUCGGUUUGAAAGCAUGACCUUGUAGCUAAAUACUACAUGUUUUACGCCACAACUUGAAUGCACGUUUAAUCUAACUCCCAGAUCGACAAAUAUUUAAAAGUAAAGAUGUGUAGAUGUGUAAUAUGUGAAUGUGAUUUGACUAAAAAUAAAUAAUUAAUACAAAUAUCUCAGUACAAAUAUAACAACUACAAGAAUAUAGACAAAGCUACUUGAAAUAGAAACGAACUUACAAUUUGUGACGUAACCAGGUCCGAUAGUAAAACUCUUAAACAAAAGUAACACGGCGCUAGCAAAAAGUAACGAAACGACUGACUUAGUUGAAAUCAACUAGCGAUGAAAAUUAUCUAACUUUAUACUGACGAGAAAUACAACGCUACUGGGGUUACGUAAUUCUUACACAACCUCACGCAAAAACGCGAACUUAAUUGAAUAGAGACAUAACAUACAGCAUAACAUACAACAGUAGUUCAAUUGAAAGAGGAAAUAAUAUAAAUAGAGAAUAAUACAUGGGCGCGCGUAGAUAUGGAAUCUCUCUUCGAGUUGAACACGAGAAGAGAAAUUACAUGUCUACAAGCAACCAUGUAUUACUUUGUUUAUCGUAUAAACACAAUAGCCCUUUACUGAGAAGAAAAGCCGACUUCAUUAAUGAAUGAAAAUAAAUGAAUCGACAAUCUCCGAAUAACAAUCGUAAAGUACGUUGGCGCUAACUCUUAAGAUGGAAAAAUGGGUGAAGGCUUUGCCGUUCAUUCAUCAACCUGACUGAGUGGCGCUAAAGGCGAGUGACGUGUUAGUAGCUGAUUGGCUAUAUCAACACACGUGAAAAAAUACGAUAUUUUUUCACGUGUGUUGUUACGGCUUUUCUUAAGGCCGGAAAUCCCUGUAUAACACCGCAGUUUAUGUGAUAAAAUAAUUUUGCAGUUACUUGACAAUUAACAGAAAUUCAAAUUCUAGUUGCUACAGGCCAUAUCAUUACCAUCACUGAAAAAAAAAACCGUAUGAUAAAGAUUGUGCUUCAUCUUGCAGGGCUGUUUCAUGUAAAAACCUUCGAAAGAUUCCACGAGGGAAGUAUACUUUUCCUUUUAUGUGAGUAGUCAUGAAAAGCUUAGAAACAAAUGGGUGAGCAAUGAGUUAGCUUUAUACAAUUAUACUUGACUUAAUUUAUUCACCCAGCUCAGUUUUCAACAAAUUCAAAUUAGAAAUAUGUAGAGGGAAAUUAAUACAAAGUAAAUAGUAAAUAAAUAAUUAUCAUAAAAUGUUAGUAACGAGUGAGUUGGUGUCAUACAAAUAGUAAAAGCUAAUCUAGUGGAAUAGUCGAACUCCUACUUAGAGCGUCUGCCUUCUGAGAAAUGCAAACUUGUCGCUAAACAAGGGUUAUUCACUUAAAGGUGACUCAUGCGCUAAAGAUAAACCCUAUUUCGCUUUAUUGGUUGUUGAAAGAGGUGAUAACGGUGUCAAUCUGUCUUUUGUUUCUUUCUUUAGCGAAUGUGCUCCGUCAGCUACCUUCCACGUAGUCCUCUGCAAUGAUGAAAUUGGGUUUGUAAUGAGUGGACUCGUAGGUUUUAUGUGCCGAAAAUACAUGCACGGUCCUUUACGCAGGUGCUAUAACUGCAGUUUUUGCUCGGUGGGUACCUAUUGUCCGACAGUUGACUCACACACCAAUUGUUUAAAGUGUCCCGCAGGUAAUUACUUAAGUCUUUUGAUUAUAAUAUGCUAUUGUUUUUUUUUUUUCAUUACCGUUUUUCACGAAAAACUAGACGCGUUGUUCCAUGCGUUCAGAUGCUCCUAAUAAAAAAAUCAAGGAUCAGUCCCUUUAAGAUUUUGUUAGAAUUGCGCCGAACCAAAAUUCACUCCUUCGUUCCUCCGCUCCUUCAUUCCUUCCGCAAACCAGCGCAUAAGGCUUGCGAACAGGGCUUGCGCACAUUUUUUUCUUUUUUGCCUAUUCAUUGAUCUCAAAAUAAAAGUAACACGUAUUAACUGAAAAUGUUUUCGUUUCAGGAGGCUUUUAUCAAGAUGAGAUGGGUCAAUAUGGAUGCAAGAUUUGCAGCACGGGUACCUAUGUUCCUGAGGAACAGCAUCCUGGAAAAAGUCCUAAUGACUGUCGCGCAUGCCCAUACGGUAAGGAUCUGGUUCAAUCACGUGGUUUUACUCACCAUCUUAUUGUCCGAUUGCCAUGAUUUUAUGCUUUGCAAAAUGUGUUUGUUUUUCAUUAUGAUUUUACACAAAAACUAAUUAUUAAUCAUUUUCUCGCGAUUAAGAGUCAUUACUGAUCGUGGAGCCAAGCUAGGAAAAGCCAUUUGUUUCGACACCUGUAUUGCUAAUUUUCAGAGCGCGGUGAGGAAAAACGACUACCCGUCGCUAACCGUAAAUUGUUGACCAGGUGCUGUCGGUAAAUUUUGGUGUGCUGUCUCUGAUGUGUAUCACUUCCCAUGCAACCAUAGGUUUACAAUGUUGUGGAGAGCACUGGUAGUUGCCAUCUGGCCCUGGUUGUUCAAAGGCUGGAUAGCGCUCUUGACUGGAUAAAUCUCAAUUUGGUGGAUAGCGCAGUACGUUUUGUGAACACUUAUCCACUGGACAGCGAUUUAUCCGUUUGAUAGUGUUAUCGUAUCCGUCCAUUGAACAACUGGUCCCUGAAAGAUCUCUCAGAAGAGUAAAGGGCUUUCAUGUUGGGAAAUUUUGGUCGCUAUGUGUUUACAUAACAUUUCUGUGUUUGUAAACAGGUACUAGAACUAAUGAAACCGCUGGUUACCGUGCAUGUCGAUGCCUCCAUAAAUUCCACCGCUUGAAUCGUUUUGGUCCUUGCAAAUCGUGUCCAUAUCAUGGAAUGAACUGUGAGGAUGAUACGGCAAUAUUAGCACCAAAUUACUUUUGGAAAUGGAACAGCUCCGAAAAAAUGGAAUUUUACUUAAGUUUCGUCCACAACAUUCAUAUUACCACAGCUAAAUACAAUAAAACCUUCUCCAUUUUUGAAGGACAGUUGCCAAAGCCACUGAAGUGCCCUUAUGCAGACUCAUGUAAGGGCGGAAUAAACUCAAAGUGUAACACUGGCUACCAGGGUACCCUCUGUGCGGCAUGUUCCUCGUACCAUUAUCUUAGAUUCAACAGAUGUUUAAAAUGUCCCAAGUUGGUGGUCACAGUCAUUUCUUGUGGUCUGAUACUUUUGUUCUUUGUCCUGCUGUUUGUGAUUGUUUUCAUGGGCGACUCAAGACGAGCAGGAGACAAUCGUUUUGUUGCAGAUGUCCUUAUGUCCUGCAUUAAGAUCGUUAUUGGAUUCUACCAAGUUCUUGCUGGUAUUUUCUCAGCUUUGCUACAUGUACAGUGGCCAAUAGUUCUUUUAUCUACGGCGAAAUACUUGGAGUUUGUUGAAGGAAAUAUUUUACAGUUCGCACCUCUGAGUUGCAUUCACCCUGUGCUCCGCUUGGACCCAUUUAUUCAAUUUGUCCUCGCUGUUACUAUAAACGUCUUUGCUGUCUCUUCAAUACUGCUUUACCUCUUCUUUAAAAUGCAUCUCCUUAACAGGAUAGAGAAUUCCACAGAAGAAAACAGUUCCACUUUUAUAGCGGGAAACACCUUAGAAAGAAUGGAGGAUACCACAGCAGAAAAUGCCUUGUAUGGAAUUGAGAAUUCCAUGCUAGAGAGUACUUCGGCGUGCUUAACGGGGGAUUCCAAACGGGAAAAAAUCUCAAAGCUGAAGAAGUCUUGCUAUCGAAACAUCUUUUUAUUUCUCUUGUUGUCUUAUCCAAUAACAAGUAAGAAGAUUAUAAACAUUCUGCCCCUGCCAGGAGCGUGUGUCAGGAAGUGUUUCUUAAAUGAUGACAGCGAUUGUAUUUCUCUACUGAAGGCCGACUAUUCCAUUCGCUGUUCUACCUCUCGACACACUGACUUUUGGCACAUCGCUGCUGGGUUUGCAUUGUAUCCCAUCGCCUUCCCAAUUCUGCUGCUGGCGCUCCUUUGGAAAUGUCGAAAAUACCCACAAAAACACAAACAGUUUAACUUUGGCUUGAAAGUGUUCUAUGAAAACUAUAAGGACAAGUAUUGGUUCUGGGAGAUAGUUGAGAUGUACCGGAAGCUGAUCUUUAUUUCAGUCAUUCUUCUGUUCGACUCCGAAAGUGAUUCUCAAAUUGGCUUUGCUGUGAUCGCAGCAAGUGCAUCAGGAAUUGUAUACACCAUCUUUCGACCGAUGAAAGACAAGUUUGAAGAUCGACUACAAACAUUUGUGCUUUGGGUAAUAUUCUUUAAUAUCUGUCUUGGUGCAGUUUAUUCACGACCCACCUUGAAUGAGGGGCAUGGAGAUAACAAUUCGUUAUUUGUAAACGUGACGUUUUUGAUUCUCAACUGUGCCGUGUUGGUUGUGGCAGUUGGUAAGUCCUCUGAUCAGAACUUUUUUUUUCGAUCA